AUGUACGUGACUCAGUGCUUUGGUUUCUUCCGGUCUCAUUAUCAUGUCAGACACCCUCUGUUGAACGACGAUGUGUUGUUACAAAUCCUCCAGGAGCUACAAUCCGCGCGUGGACUAGUUCCAGUUUCCAUGACGUGUCGCUUGUUGCGCGAAGCCUGCAAGCCGUUCAUCUUCGCCAAGGUUAUCCGGAAGGUCCCUCGUCCCUACGAAACGUAUGAACGUUUUAUACCUUCAACCAUAUGGCCAUAUAUCAGGGAUCUCACAAUCAUUGACGAGUGCCUAGAUAAGACGGUUGGGUACCAAGAGUUCCUUGGGAGACGGCGCAACGGGCUUAUCUUUAAGUUGCUCUACGCAGAGGACCCCUAUCUUUGUGGGGUGCUCUGCGGACCAUGGUUCGAGCAUGUGUUACAGCAUAUGCCGGCCUUGCGCACUCUGUCGUUGAACAUGCGCCGGAAACUCAUCCACGGAGUUUCUUGGUCGACGCUCAAAACCAUACUAUCCCUUCCCCACAUAGACGGGCUCGUGCUUUCUGGACCUAUUUUCUGUCCCGCGCAGCUUCCAUCGGACAAUUUCCAUCUCGAGUCCUGUUCUUCCCUCACUUCGUUUCGGUACGAGGUCUGGGAAUCGCGCAAUGUCUACCCUCUAGGCUCGGCCGAAGGGCAGGCCUUGUCUACGGUGUUGAGCUGGCUUCACAACUCGCUGGAGACGUUGGUACUUCCCAGUGAGCCAGCCCCUCUACUCGCGAUGUCGGCUUGGGAAUGGCCUAACCUGCGCGAACUGCGGCUCCGCGGAGCGCAAUGGACGUAUCCGACUAGUCCCUGUACCAUCCUAUUCUCCAACAUGCCCCGAUUACGCAUCCUCGUUCUCGAGCUUACCCUACCGCACUCCGACCAGCUCUGGAGGAACAAGGAACCUAUAGCAGGCGGUGCAUCCGCGCAAAUGUUGUCGCCACCGGAGCUCACCGCUUCCUCCUCGUUUCCAUGGCCAGAGCUUCAACAUAUGGCGCUAUCCCACCCACGUGUCGGCGACGGUCUCUAUGACUGUCUUCCUCUCUCCGUUCACACCCUGACCUUGUCCUGCUGUCCACGUCAAUUCCAGAGGCACUGGUUGGAACACAGCUUCCGACAAUACGACUAUGCGACGCUGACAUCAUCUGAGAUGUUCAGUGUGCUACGACGGUCUCGCCUCCCAAACCUAACCGAACUCGAGCUUGAGUACGAUGCGGACGCUGGAGAGCGUGACAUGCUGCGAUAUCUCGCUGUCGCAUUCCCUCGUCUUCGUCGUCUAACUCUCAUCCGCUAUCGGCUAGAAGGAGAGAGUGAUGACGUGGUCAUGGUCAGUUGA